AUGUGUACGUGUGUGUGUGUAUGUGAGGAACAGGCAAACGCUUCAUCAGGAAUGGCAGUAAGUGAUGACUGCAAAAUUAAGUUUCAAGAACUUAAAGCGAAAAGGAGCUAUCGUUUUAUUAUCUUCAAAAUAGAAGAACAACAAAUUGUGGUUGAAUCGGUGGGUGGCCCCAACGAAAGUUAUGACGACUUCACUUCCAGUUUGCCCUCCAACGAGUGUCGUUAUGCUGUCUAUGACUUUGAUUUCACUACUGAUGAGAAUUGCCAGAAAAGCAAGAUCUUCUUUAUUGCUUGGUCUCCUGAUACGUCAAAAGUGAGGAUGAAGAUGGUUUAUGCAAGUUCUAAGGACAGAUUCAAGAGAGAGCUGGACGGGAUUCAAUUUGAACUGCAAGCCACUGAUCCAAGCGAGAUGAGUUUGGACAUUGUGAAAGGCCGAGCUAUCUGA